CGGAUGUGUCAUGGCGUUUUGUCUGUAUAAAGUGAUGCUGUAACUUGUAUAUUUAUUUAUAAUACUUCAGGUUAAUUUUGGUUUAAUUAUAGGUUUUUAUACUACCAAGAGAUAAAAUAUUAUACUUGCAUUAAUGGUAAUGCAUGCAAGGAAACUUCCAAGACUCAAUGAUGGGAUCUUUGACAAAAACCAAGCCCAUUCAUUUGAGAACACUGAUGGUUAUAUUAGAAAAUCAAGUUAUAGUGAAAAUUAUAAUGAGAAGAUGCGCAAUUCACCAGAUGGAAAUAGUCGAGGAAGAAGUGCUAGCCCUGAUAGUCGACACAGCCCUCGACAUCUCAAAUUGUAUCCUCAUAGGCUUAAGGAAAGAGAUAAUACAGAAAGAAAUUCUGGUAGAUCUCCUUCUAUUAAAGACUGCAGGAGUAGUGGAAGUGGUUCUACUGUUGGAAGCAAAAUGCACCACUUGCCACCGUCAUAUAAUUCAACUCCAUCCCGUCGACUGGAAAUAUCUCCUGGUGCUUCGAAUCGUAGUAAUCAUGAUAGGAUUCCCACAGAGGAAAAGGAAAGACGGCUUCAGAUUGCUGAUUGGUCAGAACACAUCAGUUCCUCAGGGAAGAAAUAUUAUUAUAAUUGCAAGACAGAAGUUUCUCAAUGGGAAAAACCGAAGGAGUGGUAUGAGUGGGAAAAGAAACAAGGUAUGUACAGACCUUCAAGUGAGUCCAGUAGAACUAAAGACAGGUCAGUGGACAGACAAACCCCGUCAGCUACUGGAUCUAGGUCUACAGAAAGACACUCCUGUCGAACAGAAAAAAAUACCCAUAGUAGACCCCAAGAACAGCAGUUUCCACCCUCUACUAUUCCCUCACCGGUGAAACCCAGCAGCUCUGGUGUUCACAAUGCAGAACAUAGCAGCAACAGUCGAAGCUCUCUGAGGGACGAACCAGCCCAUUCUCAAAGUGGAGACAAAUCUUCAAGACACGAAAGAAAAGAAAGUCUUCGAAGAAAAGCUAGUGAAGCUGAAGAACAAGUGCAAGAUGUGGAUGUUUCACCUGACAGUAGUAGUGGCAGAACUGCAGCUAACAGCUACCAAGAUUAUCGGAACAACAACAGAAACCAGAUUCCUAUCAUAUCUUCAAGUAGCCUGCAUCCCACAGGUACACCACUUGCUCUCCAAAGUGCCCAUCCUCAACUGCUAUCGCCGUCCCAAGUCACAUUAGCUAACCUACCUAAACUAAUAAGCCAGCUAGCUGGAACCAGGGGGUUGCCUAACCUCUCUGAGCUAUCUCCUCAAGAAGCUCUAAGGACCAUUCAGCAAGCCUUGCAGUUAACAAAACAAGUGACUAGUCUAGCACAUACAGCAGGUAGUCUAAGUCGGUCACCUCAUGCAUCAGGAUCAGGUAGCCAAGCUGAAUCUGUCUUGCAGAAAGGAUUCUCUUCCACCAGUCAGUUACAGCAGACUAGCCACAACUCCCAUUUAAAUAACUUGAUACAGCUUACGGAUUCUCAGCUUUUACAUCCCACAGUUGAUGGCCAGGGUGAUGCAGAGAAGGGUCAAGCCUCACCUGGAUCAGAUUAUAGUUCUCAUUCCUCGAGACGAGGUAGUCCCACAUCUAGUAUGAGCAGUCUACAAAGUCUUGGUGGCACAGGAACCAGUUCUCUAGCAUCAGCAAUGCUGAAACACACAGUGCCCAGUUUAACCCCUUCUUUGGCUAACUACUACUCAGAAGAUUUAAUUUCUCAUAUCACAGGCUGGCAGGCUGAUCAUGCAGAAAGACAGGCUAACCGUUAUAGUGAAGAAUGUCACGUGAUAGGGAGCCUCAACUGUACUAAAGUUUCAGCCGAGCUCAAGAUGGUCAGGUCUCUGGUCAGGUUAGGAGAAAUUCAAGCUACUCUACAAGAACAAAG